AACCUUUGUCGGUGCACUGGAUACAGGCCGAUAAUCGAGGGACUCAAAACCUUCACGUCGGAGUUUCAGUGCUGCAAAGGUGAGAAUGGAGGUGAAUGCACAUGCAUGAACGGCGCUGAUACCACGACACCAGAAGAGGAAGAGUAUCCUCGACUCGUUCAACAGAGCCACCUUAUCCCUUUCGAUCCUACUCAAGAACCCAUUUUCCCUCCCGAACUUCAGGCAGGUUUCAAUCAACUGAUUUUGGUUCUGAAUCCGAAGUACGCGGCUGACAGCCUUGUAUUUAAAGGAUCUCGCGUGACGUGGUAUCGACCGGCAUCCCUGGAAGAAAUGUUAAGAUUGAAAACAGCAUAUCCAGAGGCCAGGAUAGUUCAUGGCAAUACAGAAGUCGGUAAGCACGAGAACAAUGACUAUCGAAUUCUAAUUGAACGGAAUGAUACAGUAGUGUAUGAUCCAUCCAUUAGCUCUGGAGAUCAAGUUCAAGGAUUGCAAGUAUCCCGUGAUGAUCAGUCCGACGGCAGUACAAGAACUGCACCAAGUGCAGGUUCGGGAUACUGGGCUGGGAACAUCGUGACCAGCAGCCCCAUCUCCGACCUCAAUCCCCUCUUUCAAGCCGUCCAGUCUCGCAUCUUCCUUCAGAGUUCAGAACACAUGGAGAUGACCUUUGUGCAGGUGCCAGGAGGGCAGCCAAAAUGGGACGCAGUCGGGAGGCCGAUGGUAGCGAAGUCCGCGUACCAUCAGGCGACAGGGGAAGCCCAAUACGUGGACGACAUACCUCGACGGGACAAUGAAGCGCAUCUCGUUCUCGUCUACAGCUGUCGCAGUCAUGCAAAGUUGGUACAUGUGGAUCCAAACCCAGCUCUUGACAUCAAGGGUGUCAUCGGAUGGGUGGGAGAAGAAGAUCUCCCUGGGGAAAGAAAUCUCUUCGGGGAAACUAGUGACGAGUUCGUCUUCCGACGGGAUAAGGUGACUAGCGAUGGCCAGGUCAUUGGUGGAAUCCUGGCGGAGACGAGGGAGAUAGCCAAAAUCGCUGCUAAAGCCGUCCGAGUCGAGUAUGAAGAUUUGCAACCUAGAAUCAUCACAAUUGAGGAAGCGAUAAAGGAGCAAGAAUUUUUUUGGGAGGACUGGACGGAGAUCGGCAACGUGGAUGAAGCUCUGUCCCAGGCCCCUCACGUCCUCGAAGGCCAGGUCAGAGUUGGAGGUCAGGAACACUUCUAUUUGGAACCCCAGUCCUGCAUCGUCACACCAUUGCAGGAACAUGAUGAAUUUCUCAUCUACGCCUCCACUCAGGAACCGUCGUAUGCGCAAGAAGCUGUUGCAGAAGCCCUGGGCAUACAAUACAACCGGGUGACAUGCAAGGUGAAGAGAAUCGGCGGUGGAUUUGGAGGGAAAGAGACUAGGAGUGUCAUUCACGCCAUUCCUGCUGCUGUUGCCGCUCGGAAAUUCGGUCGAUCGGUACGAUGUGUCCUGGACAGAGACGCGGACAUGACCUCCACCGGAGGACGCAAUCCUUUCCUGGGCAGAUACAAGGUCGGCUUCACCCCCGACGGGAGGGUACUUGCUCUCGACGUCACCAUGUACGCCAACGCUGGUUACAGCCUCGACCUUUCCCAAUACGUGAUGAUUAAAGCCAUGUGUGGCGCAACAAAUGCCUACCGUAUACCGAAUGUGAGAGUCAGAGGCUACGUAUGCAAGACUAACAUUUCCUCGAACACGGCUUUCCGGGGGUUCGGGUCACCCCAGGCCAUGAUGAUAUGCGAGCAGUGGAUGCAGGAUGUCGCCGAGCUCCUCCGCUUGGACCCUGUCAUGGUGCGAGAGAAGAACCUGUUCAAAGAGGGAGACCAGACUCUUCAGACCAACAUCCUCACCCACUGCACCGUUCGAAGAUGCUGGGAAGAAUGUCUCAAGAAUUCCGAUUUCUUCUACCGGCGAGGACUCGUCCAGAAAUUCAAUAGAGAGAAUCAAUGGAAGAAAAGGGGACUGGCGAUGAUCCCGACGGCAUAUGGGAUUUCUUUUGGGAUUCGAUUCCUGAAUCAAGGAGGAGCGCUGGUUCACAUCUACACCGACGGCUCCGUCCUCCUCAAUCACGGCGGGGUGGAGAUGGGGCAAGGACUUCAUACCAAGAUGAUCCAGGUAGCAAGCCGUGCGUUGGGCUUGCCGGUGUCGUACUUCCAUACGAUCGAGACUUCCACAGACACGGUGCCUAACACCAGCCCCACGGCUGCCUCCAUGGGGUCCGACCUUAAUGGACCGGCCAUCAUCGAAGCAUGCGAGACGCUAAAGCAAAGGUUGGAACCCUUCAUGAGGGAAAACCCAAAGGGAAGCUGGGAAGAUUGGGUGAAGGCCGCCUAUUUCAACCGGGUCAGUCUCUCUGCCACUGGAUACUGUCGAACUGCCGGAGGAAGCAACUGGAAGCAAGGUGACACUUUUCCUUAUUAUUGUUAUGGUGCGGCUUGUUCAGAAGUGGAGGUCGACUGUCUAACCGGAGACCACAAGGUACUGAGAACAGAUAUCGUGAUGGACGUGGGGGAGAGCCUGAACCCGGCCAUCGACAUCGGACAGGUGGAAGGAGCCUUUAUUCAGGGAUAUGGGUUAUUUCUCCUUGAGGAAGUGGUAUACUCACCCGAGGGAAAGAUCUUGACCCAAGGACCUUCCACUUAUAAGAUACCUGGAUUCGGGGACAUCCCCGAGGAGUUUAACGUUUCCCUGCUCAAAGGAAGCCCCAACGUCCACGCUGCAAUCGGAGAGCCUCCCCUGUUCCUGUCGGCCAGCAUCUUCUUCGCGGUGAAGGAAGCCAUCGCGUCCGCCAGACAGGAGAGGAACUUGUCGAGGAUUUUCAAACUAGACUCCCCCGCCACAGCCGAAAGGAUCCGGAUGGCCUGCCAGGAUCAAUUCACUGACAAGUUCAAAGAAGAGGAACCGGGAACUUUCAAGCCUUGGUGCAUCCAAGGCAAAUUGACCAAGACUAAUACGAGGUCAGGCUGUGGUGAAGGGACAAGGAGAAAAGAGAUCCGUAUUCAUCGUCGGCGUCUUGAGGCGGAGAUGGGAAAAGAUUCGGGAGCUCAGGUUCCUUUCAGUCUGUUUCCCGGUGCAGGGAUUGAGCAUGUUAGGGACGAAACAGGGUCGGUGGUGUCCUCGGAGUCAGUUGAGGAGGUGUCGGUGGUCCUUCAUGAUGGGCCCAACGAUCUGGCUCUGAAAUCACAUGGCCAAGUUCAGGCAGAUUGGACGGUGCCGCAAGAGGAGAGCGAGAGGGAAUGGGAAUUUCUUGUUGCAAUCCAGGAUGCUCUCUUCACACAGCACUUCAAGAAC